UCCCAAAGAACAUCGAUAACCGAUAUUUUAGCGAAAAAUAUAUAUUUUCGACAUCCCUAAACGAGUCGGUGUGAAAAAAAGCCAAAGUGUACACCUCGGGGGACUAUUUUCGAGUGGAAAAACGCGCGCGUCCAACCUACGAAUAGUGGUUUGUGAUCCCGAUCCAAAAUCAUCCCGGUCCCCUGUCCAAGAUGCAAUAAAAACGCUCGUUCCACUUCUCCUAAAAACACACACACACAUAGGCGCGUCGCCGAGUGUCAACAGCUGCCCUGGUCAAAAUGUCGGACAUUAACGAUGACCUGCUCAACUACGAACUGGGCGAUGACAGCGACGACAUCGACGACCAGGCUCUGCUCGGAGCCGACGAGGACGAGUUGCUACUCUCGGACGAAGAGCUGGAAAAAGAUGUCACCAGCGAGGUGAAGCUGCAGAUGCGGGCCGAGGCCGAGGAAUGGGCCCAGGAACAAAUCCGCCAGCACGAGCGCAAGCACAAGGAACAAUUACAGGCGGGAGUGGCCGCUGUGGCGAAAUGUGCCACUGGCAACGGCGGAGGUGCAGGAGUUGUCGGAGCAGGAGCACCUGCGGCAGUGGCGCCUGAACCAGUAACUGUAGCUCCCACUGUUGUGCCAGUUACGUCCCUGGCUCCUCCCGAGGAGACCCCCACAAUAGGACAGGAGUCCCAAACCAUGGAGCUACCCACGCCCCCGACGACGGAGAGCUCUCCGCCAAGCUCCAAUACAGUUGUUGCCGCUGCCGAGACCACUUCGUUGCCCAGCUCGGAAGUCGAUCAGGUGACCGAACUGGUGGAUGCCACCUCCACCACCAAUCCUGCCAGCACCGAUCCGCCUGCGAAACCUGCCGGCGGCGAAGAAGAAGAGCUGGAAAAAUCACAAAUUAAGAGCGGCAGAGAGGAAGCGCCUCGAAAUGGCGAGAGUGCUGCGGAAAGCGCUGUGGAGUCCGUCGAUUCGGGCGGUAAUCAGAGCGAGAGCGAGCAGGGCCAGGAACUGGGCCGCUGCUCGCUGCUGGCCUCCUCGCAGGAGAGCCUGCCCAGCGCCAGCUCUGCCUCGGUGGUCGAGGACGAGGAUGAGCGGGAGGAGCGCACAAACUAUAAGACGGCCAGCGAGCGGUCGGAGAGUAACAUGCGCCAGCAACAGGAGCACGCCAGCAUGUCGCCCUAUCACCAGCAGCGGCGCCACCACAACCACGCAGACAAGUCACGUGGGGGCGGAGGCGGACGCUUCAUGCCGCAGCAGAAUCCUAUGGGGAAGCCACCGCGAGGAAUGGGGACGCGCCACCACCUGCUACGCAACCCGACGCCCCUGUUCGGCGGUGUGCCGCCGCAGCAACAGCAGCAGCGCAUGGGCCUGGCCGGGAUGCAGCCGCUAAUUCAGCGCUAUGGAAUGCCGGGUAAUGCUCCAACCGCACAGCACCUGGCCUUGAUGAGUACGCCAGUGGGUGCUGCUCCCACGGCAGCCUGUCUGCUACCCCUGUCCCUGCCGAUUCACCCAUCCCACCCCCAGCAACAGCAGCAACAACAGAAACAGCAACAGCAAACACUGAACAAACCAACAUUCAUUCCAAUUCCAGGCCAGUAUCCGCCAACCCAGCCACCCAAUCAGUCACCACAACAGCAACAACAAGCACCGACCAACACCCCACAGCCCGCCUCUCCCCUCCACAAUCCCUCGCAUUCGCACAUGAUGCACCACGGCCACGGUCAUAGUCACAGUCACGGUCACGGGCACGGUCAUGGUCACAAUCCGCCCCACCUGCUGCCGCAUCCGCACGAGCAGGUGCGAGUGGGCCUGCUGCAGCCGCCGCCGCUGGCGUUCGCCAAUCCCAAUCCCGGCGGUCCCUAUCGGAACGGAGCGCUUCUGGGCCCGGGACCAGGACCGGGGCCGGGACAAGGACCCAAUCCCCACCAGCCCCCACACCAGUCCCAGGCGGGGAUGCGGCCACCGCUGUACCGCAACGCUCCGCCGACGUACGGCUAUGACCCGGCGGUGGGCCAUCCGCCUCAGCACUCGCCGCAGUUCAUGCGACCGCACAACGGGUGGCGGCCGCAGGGGGAUGCCGCCCGAAUGCCACGACCCCCGCUACAGACCCUGCCGCCGCACUUGAUGCCGGGUGCGCCGCCCAACUACGCCACCAAUGGCAUGGGAAUUCGGGGACCCCCUCCCCAGCAGCAGCAACAGCAACAGCAGCAGCAGCAGCAACAACAACAGCAGCAGCAACAACAGCAGACGCAGCAACAACCACAAGCAGUUCCGCCUCAGGCUGGCGGAAAUCCCAACAAUCCCUGCCAGGCGCCACAGCCAAAUGGACCACCACAACCGGCUGGCCCCGCCGCUGUUCCGCGGGUCGGCAAGGUGCUCAUCAAUCCGAAUUUCAAGGGAGGCGUCGAGGCGGCCACUAACAAGUUCAUCAAGGAGACGCACUUUAUGCCGGCUAUCAACAGCGAAGCGGAGCUUCUGCGCCAGCAGGAGGAGUUCAUCAACAAGAACCGGCAGUACUUCGAGAAGCGGCGCAAGGAACGCUCUCCGCCGCCGGCGGGCUCGGGGUCGAGUGGCGGCGCCUCAUCCUCGUUGCAGGCGGGCGAGAGGAGACGCACCCGCAGUCGCAGUCGCUCCCGGGGCCGAAGCUACUCCCCAGUCAAGCGCUCGGAGCGGGAGAGGGAGCGGGACCGAGAUCGCGAUAGGGAACGGGAGAGGGAGCGAGAUCGAGAACGGGAUCGAGAUCGGUACGGUGCGAACCGGGCACCCGGAAAUCGGAGUUUCCGCCGAGCAGCUAGUCGGGACCGCGACGAGAAUAGGGGAGGAGCAAGUGCUGGCAGUGGACCGGCGACCGGCGGUGGCACAUCAAGUGGAGGAGGCGGAGCAGCGCCGCCAAAGCGGAGGCGGAGCGGAUCACCCGGCUCCGGAACCCGCAAUCCCUUCUCCGGCGAGCCGCGGGGAAGGACCUCGGACACCGGCAGCCGCGUUGUGCCCAGCGACGAGGACGAGGAGACUCGCAACUACCGGCUGGAGAUCGAGAAGCAGAAGCAGCUGCGGGAGAAGAUCAUGCGGGACAAGGAGCUGAAGCGGAGGCGCGCAGCCGAGGAGAAGCUGCACGAGGAGAAACGCGCCGAGCAGCAGCACAAUUCGCCGGCCCGUGACGACCAGGAUCAGAUGGCAGUAGCGCCCGGAGCAGGAUCUGGAUCUGGAUCUGGAUCUGGAAGCGGAGGCAGUGCGGCGGCGAAGCAGCGUCCUGCCCCGACCAACGAACGCAAGGUGAUCUCGCUGAAGCGACGCGACGACCAGGAGACGGGCAACGGCCGCAGUCGCCAGUCUCAGACCCAGUCCCAAUCCCACUCGCAGCAGCAGCAGCAGACAACCCAAGUCCAUCAGUCGCAGCAACAGCCUGCUAGGAAGCAGCUCACGGCGGCUAAGAUAGCGCCCGAGGCCAAGAGGAGCAUAACCGAGCACCUGGCGCCGUCCUCGAAGCAGCACCAGACGGUGACUGCUAUGAAGACCCUGGGAUCGGGUGCUGGAGCCGGAUCGGCGGCUGGAGUUGUGGGACAUGGCCCAGGGGGAGGAACGCCUCCCAAGUCGCGGGACAUGAUGCGCCUGGGCACGCUCAGCGACGACGAGGUGGAGCUGGACUACGACGUCGACGACCUGCUGCUGGACGAGGAGGAUCGUUUGCUGGCCACGCCCUCGCCCCCGCCGCAGAAGACGAGCAGCAAGCGCUCGGCUACGCCGGAGCGGCUGGUUGUGAAGCGGAACCACAAGGCGGCGCCCAGCUUCGGCUCCAGCCAGCGGAGGGUGGUGCUCAAGCCGAACAGCAGCAGCAACGGCAGCGGCAGCGGCGGUGGCGGGGGAGACUCGCAGCAGCAGUCCUCGCAUGGGAGCAGCAGGAUGCGGGACAGGCGGCCCAGGGACGAGCAUCCACUUGCCCGGAAGAGCGGAGCAGAGGGAAGCAGCGGCGGCAGCAGUGGAGGUGGUGGGCGCGGAGGAAUCUUCGAUCGGCUGGAGAAGCGGCAGGCAUCUUCGGUGGGAGGCGGCCAUAGCAGCGGGCACAAGCAACGCAGCAAGGUGCCCACGCGGAUCGUACUCAAGCACGAUUAGGAAGGACUCGCCAGGGGAUUGCAGGAUCACUUGGAGCACAGAUCGCGCGAAGCAAGCAGUAGGAGUAGCAGCAGCAGCAGCGGCAGCAGCAGCAUCUCUAGCUCUAGAUUAAGUACAACCUUAAAUUGUGAAUGAUAAAUCUAAUCAUUAGUUAUUUUUGUUCAAUAAUUGUUUAUCUCUUUCGAGGAUAACACGCAAUAGCUGGAGCGUAAUUAUGAAUCCAAAACUAGGAGGAACCCCUAGCUAUAAGUAAAAAAACAGAGGCACAUAGGCACUUGUACGAUCAACAUCAGCUGGUUGGUCGUGCCGUGCCGUGCCGUGCGUAGAUUCUAGGCAACCAUGUAGGUAGAUCCGCCUAGUGUGUGGUGAGUAUGCCAGAGCGGUGACCAUAUAACACCUAGUUUGUAGCUGUAAGUGUACAAAUCCUAUCAAUGACUAAAACGUGCUUCGUUUUCUUAACCACAGUUUGUAUUUAAAGUUAGACUAAGCGGGACGCUUAAAGCUUGACCUGGACAAUUAGAAACCACACAAAUCGCAACCUAGCCUAUUGUAACCAAUUAAACGCAAGCAAACAAAAUAUACAGCCCUCUAUACUAUAUAUUUAUAUGGAUCUAUGUAUAAACACCUACCUAGUGUUAAGAGAACCCCCUAGAAGCGGGGCUGAAGGAGCUGAGCCUUGAGUAAAAUUUAUAAUUAUUUCUAUCCUCCCAAGGCUGGACACAAUCCAGAAGCGCUGAGCUCCCGAAGCUGCCGAUUAAUCUUACCAUUUUGUCACCUUGUAUUCAAAUUUUUUGAGACCCAACUCUGACCUGGAUAUUGCCUAUUAGGACCUCAUAUAUAUACAGAGCUGUUAUAUAUAUAGUACAUAUACUUUUAAACUGUGACCCGUUUUAUUUACACGAAAUUGUUUUGUCCUGUCCCGUUGUGUUCUUUGUAACUAAUAUUAAUCGAUAUAUACAGAAUUAUAUGUGCAACAAAUAUACUUGGAAUAUUAUAGCAAAGCAUUACCACAAUGGCCUAAUUAUGAACGAGGAGAGCGCAGUGGCAAUGCACCAGAUCGUAGCAUACUAUACAUAGCGAAGUAGGACCGGAUCAAGAUACCUAGCCUUAAGUGAUUGUACAUACACGAAGCGAACUCAUUUCAUUUCAUUUUCACUUUCAUUCGAUGUAACUGCUUAGGAAUAGAGACCCAAGAUCAGACUACCUACGGCCAUAACAUAACCCUUUAAAUUAUUAUAUGUGAAGAGCUUCGCAGCUCUAGGCUAAACCCGAUUGUUAUACCCCUAUCUAGACAUCUUAUACACAAACUAAGCUUACUCGACUCGGAAUCGGAAUCGGGUUGGGGACAGAAGUAAUAUUAUAAAUUGUAACUGAAUCUUAAGAGGCCGCACCAGGCAGAGUUAUAUAUGACACGAUAUAUAUAUUGUACUAAACCCAGACCGCUCUAAUCUAAUCUAAUAUAAUCUAAUCUAAUCUAACUUAACUUAAUGUAACUGAAUCUAAAUCUAAACAGAACUUAGCAAGUCUUGACUUUCAGAGCUUGUCUUAGCCUAGUUAUACCAUUAAUCAUGUGACGACACAUAGAGGAUGUAAACUGCUAUGUGGCGGAGGUCCUGGAAAGCCUGUAAGCUGUAAUUGUUGUAGGUUGCAACGCUAGAUACUACUUAAGAUAAUAACAUACACACCAACACACACACACACACACUAGCAACUAGCAACUAGUAACCGUAAUGCUACACAAUAUAAUAUAUACAUAAUAUAUGGAUUAAUAAAAACAAGUGGUAUAUCCGACUCGCUUGCCACAACAAGCGUGCGGAUGCAUAUAUCUGUAACAUCUAAA